AUGGUCAGCAAAGAAUUACUUGAGAUAUUGAAAUGUUGGUCCAAGCCACCAUGCACGCAGGGCACACACAACACAUGGGCAAGUGGAGCAAAGGCAGUCCUGGAGGAGUUUUUGUUUGGUUGCAUAGGAGAGGUGCUUGAGGGCAAGCUGCAGAGGAUUCAGAACCUUGCAAAAUGCCCUCCCGAAGAUGUCUCUGAGGAGGGCCUUACCAGCCUCUUCACUGAAGACCUCGUUCUCAAGCUUCAAAGCCCCGGCUUCGAUGGCACGCUCAUGCUAUGGAAAUUACUACAGCGUCUAACAAGGACCGAGUCACAGGAAAAACGCAAUGCAAAGCAGAGCACCGACCUGACACAGACAGCAACACCCCCGACAUCGUCCAGACAAGGAAGGAUAGCAGCACCACCCCCCUUCCCUCAACCAGACGUCACCCGACUCCACACCAGAGAACAGGCAGACACAUUCUACGAAGCCAGAACACGUUGGCUACAGUUCUACGCGGAAAGUCAUCCACAACUAAUCCCCAGAACACAACACGAUCCUCCAGUAACCACAGAAAACAUCUACAACGAAGACGACUUCGAAGAAUACGCAGCAGAAGGUGAACCAAUACCCCUUCCCACACCACAGAUACUCCCCACCGCACCCAACCCAUCUCCUACCCCACCUACCUACACCAUGUCAAACGCUACGACACCCAAACCCACUAUGAUUGGGAAAAUUGACGACUUUGAUGGGACCCCAGACAAGGCCCAAAGAUGGAUAUCAUCCACUGACUUACACUUUGACAUCAACGACACCAUUUAUACCUCGGACAAGAAAAAGAGUGAAGCCAAGAUGACCGAAUACAAAGACAAGAAUGCCUACCCCACAUGGGCAGAUUUUAUGAAAAUGUUCACAGCCAGUUUCAGAACAGCAAAUGUCAAAGGAACGGCUUCGGCCGCCUUGAUGAAAAUGAGGAUGGAACCAGGAGAAAAUGCAGUGGCAUUCAACUCGAUGUUUAUGCUAGAUGCCGGGAAAAGUGGCAUCAACAACGAAGCCAUGAUCAUGGUUUAUCAAAAAGCAAUCCGACCCCCCCUCCUCCGCGGAGCACUCACCGGAAAGGAACUGGUCACCAUUGAAGACUGGAUGAACACGGUGGCCAACCUAGAUGCCAACUGGAUCAGUGCAAACACCAUCUCGGAAGGAACGUGGGGGACCAGAAACAAAGAAAGACAGUACAACAAAAAUCGCAAAAGUGGACCAUCCACCAGCGUGAAAAGGCUGACUAAAGACAAAGAAGAAACCAGGAGGAAGGAAGGAAGGUGCUUCAUAUGCAACGAAAAAGGACACAUCGGGAGGAAUUGUAAGAACAAAGGAAAGACUCCCGAAAGAAAGGUACGUCAAACUGAAACUGAAGAUGACGUCAAGACAGUAGAAGAAGACAAGGUCCAAAACAUCAUGAGGAUGUGGAGGGAAUUGGGAGAAGACCAAAGAGCUGAGGCGAUGAAAGAAUUAGAAGACGAGGGUUUUUGA